GAUUUCUUCUUUGCUCCUGUUCUCGUCACUAUGCAGUCUUUUAUUGACGUUCAAAAGGAUUCUCACUUUCCUAUCCAGAACUUGCCUUUUGGCGUGUUUUCAACCGCUGGCAAGGACUCUGCUCGAGUUGGCGUGGCUAUUGGCGACUACAUCGUUGACUUGUCAGUCCUUCAGUCAGCUGGAGUUCUUUCUGGCGUUUCCGGUCUCCCGGCUGGAGUUUUUGAUCAGCCCAGCUUGAAUGCCUUUAUGGGUCUCGGAAAGAGCGUAUGGUCCGCAACCCGUCGUUCCAUUCAAGAACUCUUGUCUAAGGAUGAGCCGCGACUUAGAGAUGAUGCCGAUCUCCGCCAACGCGGUUUGAUAGCUCAGAAGGAUGCCACAAUGCACCUUCCAAUCACUAUUGGCGACUACACCGACUUUUACUGCUCUAAAGAACACGCCACAAAUGUUGGCAUCAUGUUCCGUGGAAAGGACAAUGCCUUGCAAUCAAACUGGCUGCAUAUUCCUGUUGGUUACCAUGGACGAGCUUCGUCUGUAGUUCCGUCCGGUACGCCUAUUCGCAGACCAUGCGGACAACGGUUGGCAGGAAAGGAUCAACCACCUGUAUUCUCAAAGUGUCUCAAGUUAGACUAUGAGCUAGAAAUGGGGUGGAUCGUCGGUACCGGAAACCAGCUUGGAAGCCCAAUAUCAACAGCUGAAGCAAAGGACCAUAUUUUUGGCAUGGUGAUGCUUAAUGACUGGAGUGCGCGAGAUAUUCAAGCCUGGGAAUAUGUACCGCUUGGACCUUUCUUGGGAAAGAACUUUGGCACCACCAUUUCUAAUUGGGUAGUGACAUUGGAUGCUUUGGAGCCCUUCCUAGUGGACGGACCAUCUCAGAACCCAACGCCAUUGAAAUACUUGCAGGAGUCAAGCAAAACGGCCUAUGAUAUCAAUUUGGAAGUUUCGAUCAAAGCUUCCCCUUCAGCCGAAUUUGAGACUAUCACCAAGUCCAACAUCAAGUACAUGUACUGGUCUAUCACCCAGCAGCUUGCUCAUCACACUAUCAACGGAUGUAACAUGAGAACAGGCGAUUUGGGAGGCACUGGUACUCUUUCAGGUCCUACUAAGGAAAGCUUUGGUUCUCUACUUGAACUUUCAUGGAAUGGCACUCAAGAAAUCGUCUUGAAGGACGGUACCAAGCGACAGUUCUUAGAAGAUGGGGAUGAAGUAAACAUGACCGGAUACUGCCAGAGUUCCGAGGGAUGGAGAAUAGGAUUUGGUGAAUGUGUUGGCAAAAUCGAACCAGCACUCAUUUGAAUGUACAAAAACAAAUCGGUGGGAAAUGGUAGCAAAUAAAUGUGAGAUACAAACAGGCGUCAGAAGUUUAAUCUGGUGAAACAAGUAGGUUUAUUUUCUAGCGACGCUCGGCGAGUCGAUCGUUUAUCCCGGUACAGCCCAAAUUUUUCUUAUCCGCGACCGACAAUUAAGUAUUUAAUGCACAUAAUAGGCUAAAAAUCCAAAAUAAAAUUUCCCACUUUUCUUCUUCCUGUUUACUAUCUAA